UUCCCCUUUCUUUUUUCUCUCCUACGUCUAGUGCAUGAGGGAAUGGUAGUAAAACUGACUAUUAAUUACACGACUCCGAAGCUCUUUAUUACUGCUAUAAAUUUGAUCAUAUUUACUCGAAGAUGAAGCAAAAGAUUAUUACGAAAGCAAUAGCGAGCAUGAGGAGGCUUUAAUGGCUAAUGCCAACAAACGGCAACUGUUCAUCCUCAUCCUCAAGACUUCAACAACGUUAUCUCUUCUUCUUCUUCGUCAGGAUCAGCAUCAAAUUAAUAGAGAAGAGCUUCAAGACAAGAAAACACACUCUAGCUCACAUAGUGGUGUCGUACGAUCAUAUAUAUAUACAUAUACAUAUACAUGUAUAAAUACUUAUAGUGUCUCUCCUCAUCAUCCAUCCCAAUAACAAACUCGUCCAUCGUACCACCACCAAAACCAUUUCCGUUCUUCACCCCAGUCCUAACAGUCCUUCAUCUCUCACACUCUUUUCCUCGUCUCAUGUUUCCCGUAUGUUUUAUGUGCCUAGCUAGGAAACAAUAUCAGAAAUAUUCUCAGUCAUCACUACAGCAGCUGCUCCUCCACCCCCUUAUUUUCCGUACUACCUUAGUACUAAUCAUCUCCUACUCCCUAUUUCUUUUUUGCCCUUAUCAUUACAUCCUCCUCCUUAUGAACAGAUUAUCCUCGCUUUUACCCAAAAAAACUACUAAUAUCAAGACUAGUACUUCCUCCACUACUAUUAAUCACCGUCCUCGUCAUAGUCUUAGCCAACUCUCCUCUAUUUUCUCCUUCUUCAGCCUAAAAUCCACCUCAUCGCCAGAAACCGACAUGACCGCCAUGAACUCCAACAACUCCUCCUCCUCCAUUCACCGCCGUCAGAAGCUGAAAAAGCUGGUGGUCGUUAUGGGCGCCACUGGCUCUGGAAAAUCAAAGCUCUCGGUCGAUUUGGGAACGAGGUUCUUUCCCAACUCCGAGAUCGUCAACUCGGAUAAAAUCCAAGUCUACCGUGGCCUGGACAUCGCCACCAACAAAAUCUCAAUGCAUGACCGAAAAGGAGUCCCACAUCAUUUCCUGGGCGAGUUUGACCCGGAAACCGAGUUCACCCCGUCCGAUUUCCGCGAACUCGCUCCGAAAACCAUUGCACAGAUAACCUCCAGGCGAAACCUCCCGCUCAUCGUCGGCGGGUCCAACUCCUUCAUCUACUCCCUGCUGGCGAAGCGGUUUAACUCGGAGACCGACGUCUUUGACGAGUCCAGCGCGAUAAACUCAGUGUCCUCCGAGCUUCGCUACAGCUGCUGCUUCCUGUGGGUGGACGUGUCACUGCCCAUUCUCAACGAGUACCUGGACAAGCGAGUUGACGAGAUGCUUGACUCGGGGAUGUACGAGGAGCUGGAGGAGUAUUUUGCUCGGGAGGGUUUCGCUGAGUCUGAGUCCGCGAGCCGGACGGGGCUGAGGAAGGCGAUUGGGGUGCCGGAGUUCGAGAGGUAUUUCAAAAAGGUCGGGCUGGGUGGUGGGGCGGAUGGUUCGGAGGCGGAAAAGCGACUCUCAUAUGAAGAAGCCGUGAAGGCGAUCAAGGAGAACACGUGUACGCUGGCGAAGAGGCAACAGGAGAAGAUCCAACGACUGAAAGAUGCCGGGUGGGACCUACAGAAAAUAGACGCCACGGAGGCAUUUCGGGCAGCUAUGGGGAUGACGUCAGAUUCCGGCAAGAGAGCGUCGGAUAUUUGGGAAAAAAUGGUGGUGGAACCAAGCGCGAAGAUUGUGAAGCGGUUCUUGAUGGAAAUUUGGCGGCCAAUUUUGGCGGAAUAUUCAGGACGCCUUCUGACAAAAAGUGUGCUGGGCUCUGACGGUUGAGGUGGAAUUGGAGGUUGUGGCGGUGACGGUGGAGUGGUGUAGCUUUGGCCGUUGUUGCAGAUAUUCCUAACUUUAUAAAUACAGAA